AUGGAGACGGGCAGCGACACCACAAAAAUCCUCGAGAAGGGUCCUGAGUACUUUCGAAAGCAAAUGGAGCUGGAGAGCGAGACAAAAGGAGGCAUGAGCGCCGUGGAGAGGCUUGCAGCAAGCAAACUUAAAUAUGUGAAAAGCCAACAGGUGGCCCACACUACUCAGGAGUCACUGAUCAGCCUAGGAUCAGCCUCUGUGAGCAGCACAGAGUCUUCCAAACGGAGCUCAAACCGUGGUGAGAAACUUGUCACAGUGAGUCACCCAAAGGAGGCUACAAUUGGUGCAUGUUCUCCAGGGCAAAUACGUCGAUGCAGCUCGAAAAAACGACCAGACUCUCUUCUACUUUACAGACAAAAAUGUGAUCUGCUCAAGGGAGCAGCAGGUAGGAAACACUAUGCAGCUCGUAGGAGGCUGGUUAACAAAAAUGUCCCACUAGUUAAGGUGGGAGAUGAAGAAUGUGAAAACGAGGACACCACACCUGAGGAAACGGCUAAGGAAUGUAGCCCACAUGGAGCUGCCAGCCAGUCAGAGGGGAAGAAGAAUGGAUCAGCAGAACGCGUCACAGAGAGCAGGGGUCCUAGGUCAAAGGUGACAUUGGGUCUCCUCGCUGUCCCAGAGUUUGAAAGGAGGGCCGGCAAAGGUGUGAGUCGUUCUCACUCAGACAUCAGCUCCAGGUAUUCCAAAAACUUUGCAGACUUUGAUGCUUUCUUUAUGUACUGUGGGCUUGAGGGGGAGGUCAUCGAGUCUCUGGGCAGAGAGAACUUUUCGGCACGCUCAGAUGAAAUUUCACUAAACAUCCGGAGCAUCAGUGUCUCUACAGACGACGGCUUCUCCAGGAGCAGCGGUGACAGUGAUGGCCUUCAAGAGGAAAAGCUGCACGGAAAUCUACAUCAGGGGACGUCAGUGAUUGAACGCAAUGCACGGAUUAUCAAAUGGCUGUACAGCUGCAGAAAUGCCCUUGAGUCUGGGAAGAAGUUACGAGAUCUUGACUGA